GAUGGCGCUGCGGAAGAAGCUUGAAUUUAAUUGUGUCGGUUUAGUUUUGCAAAUAACAACGAAGCCCUUCAUGAGGGUGGAAUUAGCCGCUAUUUAAUUUAAGACUUUUAAAAUCAUGAUAUAAAUAGCAAUCUCAGAGAUGGAACCGAAUGAAAACAAUUCCUUCCAGGAGGUUGUAGGUGACUCGAGCUCGAGUGUAAACGGUACUCUAAAGAGGCCGUCGAAAUCUCGUUCUCGGGUUUGGGAAAAGGUUGUUUGGUUUACUAGAAAAGCAAAAGGAGGGAAAGACAGCAAAAGUGCUGGAGCAAGCGCUGCUGAGCUGCUGAAGAGCAGCACAAACAGUAAUUUGGACUUAGUUCGUGAUCCGAGAGAACUCGAAGUUGAAAAGACUUCCAGCAAGCAUAAAAUACGGAAGAACCGAAGCAUCAAAUAUCUGAAACGACGCAAAGAAAGGCAAUUUGGCGACGAUCUGAGCCCAGAAGUUGUCGAAAAAAAAGUCACUGUACAGGAGUGCGGAACAGCGACGGGGACCUUCCAUGAUUUUAACUGUGAGAGGCGAAUGUCCCGAUUACAUAGAACUUCAAGCAACAACAGCUUGCUCAAUGAAAUAGCUAAGGAAAUGAACCGAUCACCGCUGAAAGCCAAAGAGAACGUGAAAAGCGUCUUAUCUCUCCCACUACACGACUUGUCAUUAAAUGAAGGAAGAAUUCCUGAUAAUAUCACUGCUCCAACAUUUCCUCCAGUUCGACGCAGUGUAAGCUUUUCCGGACCAGCUUAUAACAGCUGGCCUCGAAAGAAAAGAUCACAUCUUGAAAACUCCUCAAACGCUCAUCUGCUUUCACCACCUUUGAAGCAAAAACGUGUCACUAGUAUAAAAAAACGAGCAUCUUUCAGCGGAUUUGAUUCUUCAAGAGUGCAACAAAACUCUUCUUUGCCACAGUACCGAGGAGUGAGAAGCACCCCUCAUUUAACUCACUUAGAGCACGGUGGGCACAUUAGAAAUCAGAAUGGUUUAACUAUUGGUGCAAUUCACUUCUAUAAAAGUCCAGUUCUUUAUCAAGAAGAGGCAGCUCUUAAAAUUUUACAACCGAAGAUGCAGGAGAAGUUAACAUGUGACAACUCUUUUUCUAAAUGCACAAGUCCCUGCAGUUUGACUGUCAAGUCUGAUUUGGAAAAUGACAGGGCAAUAACAGUUUCAUUAACAAGGGGAUCAGACAUCAUUACCCAACAUCAUGAUACAGCUGCUAUUCCAAAUCAUGAGAUGCUGAGGAAAAAUGAGGAUGAGAACAAGUUGGUCCAUGACGAACUCAUCAGCAGCACUCAAGUAGCAAACUGUUCAAACAACUUUCUUAGUUUUGCUGUUAGAAGCAGUGAAAGUCAAAACUCAACCAUUUCUGCUUUUCUGUUAGAGGGAGAGUGUUCUAGUACCUGUAUGACAUCUAGUCCUGUUGAUUCUUCUGAUGAGGAUUCAGAGAAGGAGAAGCUGUCACUGCCAAGUGAUUCAUCUGAGUAUAUGACACAGGUUGAUUCUGUAAAUGAAGACGUUGAUGUGGUGAAGUACAAUUAUGGUGAUUUUACAUCAGAAGAUGGUAUUGUGCAUGAAAAUGUUUUUGCAAGCAUUGACAAUAACAAAGCUAUAGAUAACCAAGAUCAUCAUGCCAGGGUCCACAAAUUGGAAGCUGUCCGACAACAUUCAGUUUCUUCCAUUAUCAAUGGAGAUAGCUCCUUCCCUGCAGUUGUGUCUGGCGUAAAAUCCAUUGAUACCAGAACAGAGAAUGAAAUUUGUGCUACAGCUCAUUGUGAUGCACAAAAAGGUACAGCUCUUGCAUCCCAAAAACUUUCUUUGAUGGAUGAAAUUAGAAGAGGUGAAGUAAGGACUUCUUCUCCUGGUCACUAUGGUCAUGGGCAAAGUUUAUGGUCAGGAAAUCAAAUGAUUUGGCAGAGAAAGCCUACUGUUGAUGGACCACAGUUUAAAAAGCGCAGUGAGGAUAUUUUGCAGUGGUUCCGAGAAUUUAAUGAUGAACAGAAGAACAUUUUAAUUCGAAAAAUUCUGGAAGAAUGUGAGUUGCCCCAAAUGCAUAUGCUGUCUGUUGCCAUGGAACCUGUUCUCCAUAAAAGCUGCCCUCCAAAUUGUCAGGAUAUGUUGGCUUGGUUACCACAUCAUGUGGCAUUGCACAUUCUGUCCUUUCUUGACUUAGUGAGUUUGUGUCGAAGUAGUCAAGUCAAUCACACAUGGAACAACUUGGCCAGUAACCCCCUACUAUGGAAAAGUCUCUGCGGGCGCCCUGACUGGCAGUUAUCAAGGAUUGGGGAGGAGAAAGAAAAAAAGAAAUACACUAUGGCUGAAGGGACAGUUCAGUGGAAGAAGAUGUUUGCAUCAAGGUAUCUUUUACAUCAGAAUUGGUUAAAAGGAAAGUGUAAUGUUCGCACAUUUGAGGGCCACACCCAAGGCAUCUCAUGUGUUCAAUUUGAUGACACAAGGAUUGCAAGUGGUUCCUAUGAUAAGACUAUAAGGGUCUGGGAUAUUCAUAGCGGUGAUUGUGAUGUAGUACUGACUCUAGCUGGUCACUCAGGGACAGUUAGAUGUUUAAAUCUUAACGGAAACAGAUUGGUUAGUGGGUCUGUGGAUAGAUCCAUUAAGGUGUGGGAUCUGUCAUUCAAGUCAUACUGGAGUGGUGCUUCAUGUAAAGUGACUAUGGUUGGUCACAUGCACACAGUCCGUUGCCUUCAGGUUGAUGAUGAAAAGGUAGUGAGUGGGUCAUAUGAUAAGACCCUUAAAGUCUGGGACAUUAGGACUGGAAAUUGCCAGCUAACUUUGAGAGGUCAUAACGCUGCAGUGCUGUGUGUUCAGUUUGAUGACAGAAAAAUUGUUUCUGGAUCAUAUGACAAGACUAUUAAGGUAUGGAGCCUGACAGAGGGUUCAUGUCUUAUGACACUGACAGGCCAUCAUGAUGCUGUCACUUGUUUAAAUUUAACAUUUGACAGCAGGAAGGUUAUCAGUGGCUCAUUGGAUCACAAUCUUAAAUUUUGGGAUCUGCUGACUGGAAAGUGCAUUGGCACAUUGGAUUGGAUCAGAUCUGAGGGUCACACUGGUGUUAUAAGAUGUCUUCAGACAGACAGUUGGAGAAUAGUGAGUGCAGGGGAUGACAAAACACUGAAGAUGUGGAGCUUAGAAAGUGGACAGCGUUUGCUGACAUUGCGUUGUCACACAGAUGGUGUGACAUGCUUACAGUUCAAUGAUUAUAGCAUUGUCUCAGGUUCUUACGACAAAACUGUGAAGUUGUGGGACUUCACUCCUUCACAUGAAUUUCUGACACCUGGCUGAACAGAUAGUUUUUUUCAACAGAGGAUUCAGCUAGUCAAGGAUAUUUUGUUCACUAAAAUUUUGCAACUGACACUCAACCAUAGCUGAAAUUGUGUCUUGGGAAGUUGCCAUUUUGAAUGGUGUUACAACAGCAGUUUGCUGUUGGAGAGGAAGAUAAAAUUUCUGGUCACCUUCCCUUCAUCUUCCUUUGCCUUCAACCAUUGGAGUCUGAGAUUAAUUUACUACUAUGUGUGUCACUUCUCAAAACAUACAAUGCAAUUUUCUAUGGACAAACCCUGAAUAAACAAUUUUUAGAAUAAACCCUGUGAGAGGAAGAGUUACUAGAAUCAAUUUUUGAAUUAAAAAGACCAAUGGAAGUUUUUGUGAAAGCUUCAUGUUGGAGCAGAAAUAGUUGAAAAGUUUAUUUACCAUGGUUUAUAAUUGAUGAUAUAGAAAUAUUUAUUUUAGAACAAAAUCAAACCAAUAAAAUUAUCUCAGGGUCUUUGACAAAAAUUUCAAGUUGGGGGACUUCACUCCUUUGCAGAUACAUGUACUCACAAGAGAACCCUCUCUUUACGUGAAGCAUUGUAUAAUUCACACUCUUUUCUUUGCUUUGUUCUCUUUGUAAUCAUCUAAGUAAGCAAAACUUAGAUGUUCACUUGUUACUUUAAGUUCUUUAUGUAGGAAUACUCAACAGUAUGAAAGGGAAAAAGAUUUAAGUCCUAGUUUUUUGGGAACUUUUAAGAAUUAUAUUUAAGAACUAGAAAUUAAUUUUUUUGUUUUGAUUUUGUAUAUAUGUUGGUUCACACCUCAUAGCCAUUAGUUUGAUUCUUGACAUAUGAUCAGUAUUUUUUGAACAAAGGAGUACAUACAAUCAACAACUGGAAUCAAAGACUAUUAAUUUCUGCAUUUAAAAUGUGUCACAUUUAACUUCACCAAUAAGAUAUUUAUUUUAAACUAGGGUUAAAAGAAAUUUUAUGUUUGGAUUGUGUUCACCUUCAGGGAUGUUUUUCUACAUUUUUUUACAUUUAAGGUUUUGUUACACACAUUAAUCCUGCUGAGGGUUUAUGAUAUUUUUGUACCAAACACUUUGCUAAUGAACAGUUUGUUGCAUUGGAGUUGUGCUGUGCUGGUGUUAUUUAAUAUAGAAUGUAAAGUAAUAUUGGUGGUCAUUGAUCAUUAAAAAUUAUCAGAAGUUUAAUAAAGUACUUACAUCUCACUUGA